AUGGCGUCCAUUGAAGAUGAGAAAAUAUCAAUCACUCGAGUCACGGCGGACAUCUCUCUUGCCAAACGCUCCGUCCUGAACAAUCCCAGCAAGCACGCCAUCAUCGAACGCUCCAACACACGCUCGAACUUGGCGGAGGUCCAGAGUGAGAUCGAGCGGAUUUUCGAACUGGCUCGGACGUUACAGCUGGUUGUUCUGGACGCCGACACCAUCAACCAUCCGUCACAGCUGGGAAAGACUUCCCUCGCUCCCAUCAUCGUCUACGUCAAGAUCACCUCGCCCAAGGUGCUGCAGAGACUCAUCAAAUCCAGAGGAAAGUCUCAGGCCAAACACCUCAAUGUACAGAUGGUGGCGGCGGACAAACUGGCCCAGUGCCCUCCUGAGAUGUUUGACAUCAUCCUAGAUGAGAACCAGCUGGAGGACGCGUGUGAGCAUAUGGCCGAUUACCUGGAGGCACUGAAAAGCACUCACCCGACCAGCUGCAACCCUCCACUGCUAACGAAGCUGCCCACCGCCACCUUACCCUCCAGCCCGGCCCCGGUCUCCGCCGUGCAG